CGCGCCGGCAUAGCGCAUAGCGCACGUGCGCAAGCGUCACACAUCACGGACACCCAGAAAUUCGCUUAGUUAGUCCCCAGACUCUGUGCCACUCGCACGCAUGGAGCUCUAGCAUUUCCCGCGCACGGUAGUGAUAACUGACAGCCGGUGAUGCCCGCAUAUCGGAUCUAGUGCUUAUCAAACUCCUUCUACUACCACGAGUGCCAACCUUUAUAUAUAGGGAGCCGCGCUGAUGUGUUCGCUGGGAGAGUCGGGCCGCUGAGGCCCGCACGGGCUGAUGGCGGCCCCGGGUGUGCUCGCGCUGCUGGCGGCCGCCGCGCUGGCCGCACUGGCCGCGCUGGCGCAGCCGGCGCUCGCCGCGCGCUUCGGGGACCGACUCGCGCCGCGCGUGCCCACCUACACGCCGCGCCACGCGCUUCACGACCGUCACGUCUCAAGUGCCGACUACGAAGUGGAGUACGAUCAGGAGUAUGAAGAACAAGCGUCCUUCGAAGAUAGUGAGGCUUCUUCGGAAACGGAGCCUCCACCUCGACGACCAGCCCGUACCGAGGCUCACCGUCUAGAAAUGAGCACUGAAUACUUUGUAGUGCCCCAAAGAACUUCAUCGACGCCCCCGCCGCCCACUCCUUCUCGGCCUUUCGUAUCUACAACCACACACCGUCCAUUAAAUACGACAGUGGUUGUACAAACGGCGCGUAUAUCGAUGGGAGCUCUACGGCAGGAAUCAUGGGCGGUUCCAAUUUUGGCUCUGGCCUGCGUGUGUAUGGCAAUGAUCGCCGGUUUCGAAGCAUUUGUUGUAUGGGGCGCGAGCCGCACAGCGCCCAGCCGCCGUCACCUACUCCUGGGUCAAACGCUGCUAUUCGGUUUGUUCACCUGCGCCGCUUCAGCCGCACUGUACGUCGCCACUCCCACUGUAUUCACUUGCGGUGCCGUGCGUUUCGGAACUGGAGUCGCAUACGUAAUCGUAUUCGCGUCUUUACUCGUGAAGUGUGUAUUUUUGCUAAGCUUGAACGGUGGUGUGUAUCUGCCGGCCGCUUACCAAGGACUUUUGUUAUUUUUCGCGGUAAUGAUUCAAGUGGCAAUCGGCGCCCAGUGGCUAGGCGGAUCGCCACCGCGAGUGAUGAUCGGCGCGGGCAGAUGUGACACGCAGUUAUCGGACUUGUUGAUGUCGUUGUGCUACGCGGCGUUCCUGAUCGCCGUGGUGUGCGGCGUGGCGCUACGGUCGCGCGGCAUCCGCGACAACUACCGCGAGGCGACGCACAUCGCGGGCGCAGGCGGCGCGACGGCCGCGGUGUGGGUGUGCUGGGUGGCGGCGGCGCUGGGCGCGCCCGAGCGGCACCGCGACGCGUGCGUGGCGGCGGGGCUGCUGGCGACAUGCGCGGUGGUGUUUGCGCUGAUGUUCGCGCCGAAGGGUCGUCGGCUGGCGGCGCUGGGCCGCGAGGGCCGCUGGGACGCGGACCGCGACGAGGGCCUGAGCUCGCUGGGCGCCGGCGGCUCGGGGUACUCGCCCUCCUUCUUCCACUUCAAGCCCGUGAAGUACGGCAUGGUGUCGGCCGCGGCGCCGCUGCCCGCGCCGCCGCCCGUGCUAGAUCGCAAGGAACCGCCCGCUCAGCCAGCCGAUCUGUACGGGGCGAUGUUCGCGAGCUCGCCGCACAUGCAUGCGCGUCCUAUGUGCCCCCCACCGCACUACCCCCUGCACCCUCUAAUGCACUACCACUACCCGCCUUAUCACUACAUGUUACCACCAGGCAUGAUGGUGCGCGAGGAGGGCAACGUGUACACGACCGUGGAGCCCACCUUCAGCAGCAACCCCAACGUAUUCUUCCAGCGCACGGAGCCGUUGCAUGCCGGCAUGAUGUACUGAGCAUCUGACAAACCAGCGUUCCGCCGCGAACAUGGAUUUGACAGCACCGCCUAGCGACCAGCCUCGUUUUACUACCACGUCUAUUUAGGACCAAGAUAUUGUGUUUUCAGAUUAAUCUACCCGAAGUGUGUUAAGGUAGCGAAUAAUAGACUGUAAAUUUCUAUUCGUUAUGUUCCUCCGAAAUAAGAGUUUCAUUAGAUAUAUUUAUUAUAAUAGGUAUAAGCGAGGUCUCAGUAACGUAACGCCAUCUAGUGAAACUCUUCGUAGAAAAUCAACUUCGUAUAAAGAUUGCAAAUCUACGAGCACAGUGGAAUUCUGGAAGUGAUGUAUGGUGCCGUACUGGAACCCCUAUUGCUUAAAAAUCGGGACAGAACCAUAAUGUUACGAAGAUAUAAAUUAGUUUGCCGAUAAGAAAUAGUACCGUAAAACGGGGUGAAAAGACACGAUUUUCAACUUCAAGGACGAUUUUCGCCAAUAAUCCAAAUGAUAAAAGUAAAAAUUUUGAUAUCAUUUUUUGAGUCUUGAAAUAAAUUUUUACCUACCCGAUUCAGAGAAAAUCAAAGAAAACUACCUGAUUUCUCCAUAUCCUUAAAACGGGAUCGAUAGACACAAGAAAGGGGUGCAUAGAAAUUUAAGUUUUAGUUGUCAUAGGCAUCGAAUUUGGUCAUUAUUAUGCUGAUACUCUAUUGGCAAAUGGUUUAUAUAUCUGUUAAACAGCUAUUUCACACAAAAUUAUCUUUUUGUGUCUUUUAACCCCCAAGGCGUGUCUUUACAUCCCUUUGUUGUAUCUAAUCACCCCCUAUGGCGUAACUAUUCACCCCAUAUGCGUGUCCAUUGACCCCUUUAUCACGUAAAGUUGCUUGUUAUUAGUUUUUUGCAAAAAAAAUGCUUCUUUAUAGAGAAAAUUAGUGAUAUUAUUUAUUAUUAAGGUACUACAGAUACUAUAUUACCAGGUUAGCUAACUUUUGCUUAGUAAAUGACAAAACAUGUACCGCUAGAACAAAGUUCAGACAGGCUUCAUUUCUUACCUCGGCGAGACCUUACUUUAGAGUCAAAAAAAUCUAACUUUUAGGCAGUUUGAUUAAGUUCUUUUGGUAUUAAUGUAGAGAAUAAAUAGUCUAAUACGCAUUCCAAAAAAUCUAAUUUUAACGAUGUACGUUUUUAAAUAUAACAACUUGAAAGAACGAGUUCAAAAUUUCUCUAUUCACCCCGCGAUUUCUGUUGACCCCGUUUUACGGUAUAUGUCUUGUAAAGCUGCCGCCAUUUGGUAAUUUCGUCCAAGGUAUUAUCCCGGUGGAACAGUUCUACAUAAACUGAAUUUAUAUAAGGAUAAAUUGUCCGAAAAACGAUGCUGAAAGACUGCUGUUACUGUAUAAAGUUGGAUAAAAAAAUUCUUAAAUGGUUUUAUUAGUACGCUAGGAAUUCGUAGACAGACCGGACAUUUAACUUUACAUGUAUCCUAUUUAAUGAAUUCAUCAAAUACGUCACUUGCCAAUUGUUUUGUGGUUUGAUAUUUUUAUCAAAUUAUUUGAUUUUGGACUUUCAUUUUGGUGUAAAUGUGUUUUUUUUUGCCCUUUCGUCUAAUAAAUAUGUUGCUGCCUAUCUCCACAAUAAAUAACACAACAUGAUGUUGAGGGUGUGAAGGCUUCUAAUGUAAUUAUAUUAUUAUUAUAUUAUUAUAUUGUUUAAUACACUAGCAGCUGAAAGCUGAUGCGUGUAUAUCACUGCACUUGUUUUUUUAACGAUUAGUGUUCAUUUUUUUUUGUUCAAGUGUUUGUCAAGUCUGUUUUUGAAACUAUUCACUGAAGGAGCACAUAUCACUGUUUCUGGCAAUUUAUUCCACUCGCGUAUGACGCGGUUUGAUAGAAAGUGCUUCCUAGGAUUGCUUGUGCUGGGAACUCGAAUAAUCUUUGAGCUGUGGCCUCUUGUGGCAAUUAUAGUAAUUCUUUACAUAAAUAUAUGCCUACUUUAUGCAGUAUGAAGCAGUAUAUCUAAUAGUAAUAUACGAAAAAUGUAAAUAUAAGUCGAAUCUUAAAAGAUAGUGAAAACGAGGUUUGUGAUUUUACGUGUACUUAACCCACCCUGGAAAACUGAAUCAGCUGAUUUCUGAAUAGGUUAAAUAUUUUAAGAUACUAUUAGGUUUACUAAUGUAAGCUCUCUUUUAUAGUAAUGUGUAAAUAAAACUUCUGAAGACUG